ACGUUGCGCUUUUGUUUUGAAACUCACCGGAUAUGAGUACACGGCUCUGCUCUGUUCAUGAAGACGCUGCUGAGCUGCGUUAGCUCCUCUGAGUUCAGAUAAAUCUCUUUAUUACACUAAUACCCUCUUUUACCCGGGAUAUGAUGACUACCAACAACACGGCGGACCCGAGGCGACACAAUAAGAUCUUAAGGUACAAGCCUCCAAGCACAGAGGCCAAUCCCACUCUGGAGGACCCCACGCCUGACUACAUGAACCUGCUCGGCAUGAUCUUCAGCAUGUGUGGGCUGAUGCUCAAGCUGAAGUGGUGUGCCUGGAUCGCAGUCUACUGCUCUUUCAUCAGCUUUGCAAACUCCAGAAGCUCGGAGGACACCAAACAGAUGAUGAGCAGCUUCAUGCUGUCCAUCUCAGCAGUUGUGAUGUCCUACCUCCAGAACCCACAGCCGAUGUCACCGCCAUGGUAACCGAGGGCCAAUCGCAGAAGAGCGUAGAAUCGGUGGAUGCCGGCGUUAGUGACGAAACAGCUGAUUGGCCCCUCUGGCCCUCAUCGUUGAGGAAAACCAGAGACGGAAAGGAAGAUAAUAUCAUAGACGGAGAAGGAAAGAGGAGACACAUGACCAGGAGGGGUUGGACAGUAACGAGGACACUACGUCAAAGACGGAGACAUCUUUUACUGCGCUCUCAUGUUUUUCUCUUAUCAACCUUUUCUAAGUUUGUUUGUUGAUGAAAUCUGUUGCAGGAUGUCAUAAAUAAAGUUGUAGGAUUUUAAAGGAG